AAACCAAACGCCCCCCACGCGGCUUUUUCCUUAUCCCGAUUCCAAUUUUUUUCCGAUUUCCCAAAUCAGUCAAUCAAUCGCCAAACAAACAGACGGAGUAGAGAAAUGGACAGAGCAAUUGCUUGACCGAAGACGAAUUCCCGUCCAUUUCGCCCCCAAAUUCCAAACCCUAAUUCACCCAAUCUCAAUCUAUAUACUGUCAUAUACACUCUCACUGACAGAGGAGACAGUGGAAGAGAAGAAGAUGGCGGCGACGAUCGAAGGCCAGGAUAAGGUGUUGGCCACCGCACAGCGGAUUGUGCAGUCUCUGGGGAACACCUCCGACGCUGACGAUAUGCUGUUGAUUCUGUCGGCCUUUGACAACCGCCUCUCUACUCUCUCGUCCUUCGUCUCCUCAGACGAGAAUUCCUCCUCCGGCGCCUCGGUUGCCCCAUCGUCGGCAGUGGAUCCCCGACUUGAAGCCGCUGAGCGGAUCAUUUUGAACGAAGCCGAUUUGUCUUCGUUUACUGAAUACUUGAACGUGGUGGAUGAGAUCAUUCAUUUGGCCGAGGAAUUGAACCUCAAUGCCGUUGACGCCAGUGAUGACGUCAGGGACCGUGCGGAGAAUACCCUGCAGCUCGCCAUGACUCGGUUGGAGGAUGAGUUUCGUCACGGGCUGAUCCGGAACACCGUCCCCCUCGACCCUGACCGCCUCCACCGCUCCUCACUUUCUUCCUCCGCUGCUGCUAUAGCAAUUGCUGCGACUGAGUUCUUGAAUGACGAGGAGACGAGUGAGAGUCUUGAAGAUGUGAGCAGCGCGCGCUACAGCCACCACAGCCAUGGUAGGGGUGUGAGCUUUGGGGGGGAUGAGAUGUCUCUUGAAUUGAUCCACCCGGAUGCUGUGAUCGAACUGCGUGAGAUUGCGGAGAGGAUGAUUCGAUCUGGGUAUGAGAAGGAAUGCUGCCAGGUCUAUUGUAGUGUUCGUCGUGAUGUUAUAGAUGAAUGUAUGGUGAUUCUUGGGGUGGAGAAAUUGAGCAUUGAAGAGGUUCAGAGGAUUGAGUGGCGAUCUCUGGAUGAUAAGAUGAAGAAAUGGAUUCAAGCUGUUAAAGUAGUUGUUCGGGGUCUUCUAUCUAGUGAGAAACAUUUAUGUGAGCAGAUUUUUUCUGGGUCUGAUUUGAUUAGGGAAGUUUGCUUUCUAGAAACAUCAAAAGGUUGCGUCAUGCAGUUGUUGAAUUUUGGUGAGGCAGUUGCGAUUGGGAAGAGGUCUGCAGAGAAACUGUUUAGGAUUCUUGAUAUGUAUGAUGCGUUAGCUCAGGUUUUACCUGAUCUGCAGGACCUAUUUAUGGACGAAGAUGCAGGUGAUAUGGUGUGUAGUGAGGCCAAAGGUGUAUUAGAUGGGUUAGGCGAGGCUGCUAUUGGGACUUUUGUGGAGUUCGAAAAUGCAGUUCAGGGAGAAUCUUCGAGGAAGCCAAUACAGAAUGGUGAGAUUCACCCACUUGCGCGAUAUGUUAUGAAUUAUGCAAAGUUGCUUGUGGAUUAUAGUGAUACUCUCAAUUUACUUCUGGAGAAUGUGGAGGUUGUGUCAGACAAGCCAGAGAGGGAGAACACUGAUAAUCCAGAAGAGGAAACCAUGUCCAGAAUUGCCCGGCGGCUGCUGGCACUGAUUACUUCUUUGGAGUCAAAUAUUGAGGAGAAGUCGAGAAUGUAUGAGGAUGCUGCAAUGCAGUAUAUAUUUUUAAUGAACAAUAUACUUUACAUUGUAAAGAAAGUGAAGGACUCUGAGUUGCGAAACCUUUUAGGUGAUAACUGGAUUAAAAAACGGCGGGGACUGAUUCGACAGUAUGCUACACAGUACCUUAGAGCAUCAUGGAGCAAGGUCUUAUCUUGUUUGAAGGAUGAAGGUAUUGGUGGGAGCUCAGGUAAUGCAUCAAAGGUGGCUUUGAAGGAGAGAUUUAAGAAUUUUAAUGCUUGCUUUGAGGACAUUUACAGGAUUCAGACAGCUUGGAAGGUCCCAGAUCCUCAACUCCGUGAAGAACUUAGGAUAUCCAUUUCUGAAAAAGUGAUUCCAGCUUACCGCUCAUUUAUGGGAAGGUUUGGGAGUCAACUAGAAAGUGGAAGGCAUGCAGGAAGAUACAUAAAAUAUACUCCAGAUGAUUUAGAGAAUUAUUUGUUGGAUUUAUUUGAAGGAUCACCCCUUAUUCUGCAUCAUAUGAGAAGAAAAAGUACAUGAAAUGCAGGACUCUGGCUGCAGGUAUGCUAUUUGUCUUCAUCGAGGAACAGAGCGACUUUGACUUUCAGCUUGGUGAUGUACUCCUCUUGUUGGUUUGGAUGUGUUGGACACAAAUUUUCGUGAAAGAUAUCCACACCCUGCUACACAUACUGUAAUAAGUUUGUAAAUGUACCUUAUUAUCUGUGUGGAACUAGAUAUGUGUCAUGUAUUUACUUCAUGAAUCACAUCUAGAGUUUGACUGGACGACAUCUUGGGCACGAUUUGUCUUUUCUGAAAACUAUUUUACUUUUCUUCAUGUGUAUUGCUUUAUUGCUGUAUAUGAAUAUGAUUCUGUUGUAGGCUGAUA